AUGGACCGUCCGUGGAAAUACUCCUCAAAUGUGGCACAGGUCAGCUCAAGCUGGCAUGGGGUUUCCGGGGUCAAGACACUGAUCGUCUUGGGUGCGUCCUAUUGCGGUGUUGGUUACGACUUCAAAACUUCGCCGCGUCCAACUGUAGAUCAGCCUCUUGGCGUCCCGUUCCCUGGGUCAACCUGGGCGGAGCCGGAGAAGGCGAACUGGGUUGGGCAUCUGGUGACACGGUUCGAGGACCAGACGAGGUUGGUCGUGUAUGAUUUUGCGAAGGGGGGAGACACGACGGAGGGUGUUGAGCGACAGAUCAAACAGGAGUUUCUUCCUAAUCUUGUGGACGACACCGAGAAAGGGCUGCUGCAGGGUAACCUGGACAAAGAGCUGCGGACGUCUGAUGCUGUCUGGAACAGCGAUGACACAUUAUUCACGAUCUGGAUCGGGAUUAACGACUGCGGGUAUUCUGGACCCGACGCCGUCCCACCGAAGCUAGUCAAGCUUUUCGGUUUGAUCGAGUUGCUCUAUAGCGUCGGUGCACGCAACCUCAUGCUCAUUGACAUACCUCCCAUGGAUCGCUCUCCUGCUAUGAGGUACCCUCCGCGGGGCAAGCUCUCCUUCGAAGAGUGGAACGAUCGCCUCAGGGUACACGCCCUUGACUUCGCCAAGACACAUGUCGACGCAACCCUCACAAUCUACUCAUCGUGGGCUACAUUCACGCGCGUGCUGAACAACCCAGUCGCGCUUGGUUUCGAUGCCGAUGAUGGCAAGAGACGGGGCGGAUCGAUCUGGGUGGAUCAUAUUCAUCCUACGAGCAAAAUGCAUGACGAGGUUGCGAAGGAUGUUGUUGCACUCUUACGGAGUAUUCCCGCGAACGGCACUGGGGCAGAGCAAGGCCAGACAAAAUGGUGCGAUGGUACACAACAUUUGACCACUUGA